GUCGACCAGUCCGCACGCAUUGACUCGCUUGUUAUCGUGAGCUUUCUCAUUCGGUAGGAGGUACACGAGUGUUUACGAUAGCCUGGUUCGAGGAACCGAAGUUCAAACCAGAAAACACAUUUAUCUAAUCCUCUAGUCCAAUAUCACUCAGUGGUAGAUAGCCCCUCUUAAUUGAUUUUUAAUCAAAUUGAUUCUUCUUCGGUUCUCGUUGCGCAAUUUCAAAUUAACGUGUAACAGUCGGAAGAAUGAGAUCAAAAAAGUGUUCAGCAACGAUAUUAAGCUAACUGUUAGCAAAAACUGUGUGACAGAGGAAGUGUCAUUACGAGUUUUCCUUUAUGCAACGUUCGUCGUUGAAAAUUGACGUUUCGUGACCAGCAAGUGAAUUCGCCGCAAAAUUAAUUGGUUGUCAAAAGAAUGCCUCCGCAACUGAGCAAAUGUAUCUAUAUAUCCUGUAAGGAAUUCUCACAUCCUUGGGGUGAUUCCUGCACCUCUGCAACAACUGGUCUCGGCUUGCAUGCUCUUCAAGAAUGUCUUAGGAUAUACUCCACGGUUUACGUAGUUGCACUUUUAAUGAAAGGAAAGGUACCAUCUAAAGGAGAUGUUAAAAAAACGAUUUUGGGUAUCCUACAGUCAACAGCUUUCCUCUCAUGGAGUGCUUUUUCCUAUUCAAUGUUUAUUUGUACACUAAGACGAGUGCUUGGAAACUUCAAUGUUCUGAGUGUAUCAUUUCUUCCAUCCUUUUUGUCUAGUUUGUCAGCUAUUUUUAUUGAAAGGCCAUCUCGACGUACUUUAUUAUGUUUAUAUGUAUCUAAUAUUGUGAGUAGAUUAUUUUGUACUUCUUUGUCAAGAUAUUAUACCCCAAUCCCACAUGGUGGAACAUACAUUUUUGCUACAAGUAUAGCACUAUUACUGUAUUUUUAUCGCUCCAAAACAAAUAAGAAUGAUUCCAUAUAUAAAAUUUUGAGAAUCCUUGUUGGAAAAUAUGAAGAGACUGAUUACCUUAAAAAUAACUUAAACAUUGAAACACAAACAUGUUCUGUUAGUGAAAAUAGCAGUGAAAGUUCUAUAAAAAAUGAUGAUGUAAAUAAAAAAUCUCAUAAAAAGAAUCUUAAUAUAUUCAAGAAAUCUCUUGAAGCAUAUAGGAAAAUUAUAGAAAAAAUAAAGCUCACAGGAAAACACAUUUCUUGUCCACAUCCUUUUAGCUGUGCUCAUUAUAUACUAAAGGGUGGCAUUGAAGUAUUUAACUAUGCUAUAUGUGCUCAACUAGCUAUUAAUUUGUUCUUUGACAUUAAGAAAAUAAUUAAAAAACCACUGUUAAUAAAAUCAGUAAUCUUUAAGAAGGGCAAUUUAAAUUUGGCUGUGUUUUUAGGUGGUUUUGCAGGACUUUAUAGGCUAGUAUCCUGUUUAUUAAGAAGUAGUAAUACAAUAGCUUUAUAUUUUAUGUGGAAAGCAUUGCAGUUGUUAUGGAAUGAUCUUGCGGAAAAGAAAAUAGUACCUGAAGUUAAGGGAUUUGCAAUCUUUUUAUACUGCUUCAGUACAGCAGUGCUCUUUCAUGUAGCAAUCCUUGAACCACAGUUCUUAAGAUCUUCUUAUUGGAAAUUCUUGUAUGCUAUAUCUGGUGGAAGAGUAGCGGUAAUGUCUCGAAUACCACUAGAUGCGUUUGGUCUUGAAUCAACUAAACAUCUCGCAGACGUGCUCAGAAAAACUAACACUACCGAUAAAAGAAAUUAUGUCUUUUAA